UAGUAGCGUAGUAACUAUUCUGUUAACCAACAGCAGGUAAUAGGUAAGAAUUAAUGUCUAAACUUUGUAAGCACAUCACAUCUCUCUCUCUCUCUCUCUGUUCAACUUAAAGUUCAUUCUCAUGAAUGUCUUCAUUUGUCCUCCAAGCUUCGUAUCUGAUCACACACUCACAAUUAUAAAAGAAAACCUCAUGCUCAUGUGACUUUCUGUUUAUUUUCAGCAAUGUUUCUAUAUUUAAUUAUCCUCCUAAUGGGUGCAAGUCAUUUGUGAACAGGAAAUUAAAUGAGUAGUUAUCUUUUAGCCAUGUAGAAGUGCUUUAAGCUUAACCACAGAAGCUUUAGAUACCUGACAGAGUGUAGAUCUCACACACAGGAAGUCUGUUUGUCUGUAAGCAGGAAAUGAAUAUACAGUGCUGCAUAAGAUUUUGCUUGCUGUGGUGGAACUGUGGUCAAAACCGUGCUUAAACAAAGCAUGACCUGCUUCUGCUGUGAUAUUAAUCUCUGUAUGUGUGAGCAGGACUGUUUUUAUAGUAUGAUAAGCUCACCUUUUUAUAGAAGUCUCUUAGACACAUGUCCUUCAUUAUGAACAAAACCCUAACAGUCGAAUCCACUAGCUGUUGUUAUUUGAUCAUUUUUAAGCCCAUGCUUCUGGUUAGUGCUUCAUUCAACAUGUUUGUAAAGAUUCCUGAUGAACUGCUGCUUCUUGUGAUGUUCAUGACUCCAGAAGCUGAAAUGUCAUUGUUUUAAAUGUACAUUUUAUUUUUAGGUUUAGUGCAGUGGGUGAUUAAUUACAGUGAUAUUCUAUUCACUUCCUGCUCAUUUAUUGGCCGCAGUUAUUAAUUAGUUACUCUAUUUAGUAUAACUAGUAUACUGUUAGUUUGUACACACACACACACACACACACACACACAGAGUAGUUGUACAAAGUAAUUUGAUUUCUUGAGUUGUGACAUUGGUGGAAACAGGAGAGUAAAAAUCUCCACUGAAGUCAACACUAACAUGUUACUGGCUUUGACAAGCAAAAAUGUCUAUAUGGUUUAUUUAUUUAUUUAUUUUUUGUAAAACUAAAGGUGUACAUGUGGAAACUGUAGCUGUAGAAAUGGCUGUGUAGAGAGGAAGACAGACCAGGUCUCAGGAAAUGCUGUGCCAUCUCGUUCUCAGCAGAAUACCUUACUGAUUUCCUGUGAAUUAGGUGACAGUCGAGGUGCUGAGAUACACACAGGCUGCUUUCUACUCAGUCGAAUUUUUACUGUCUUGUAGCUGAACAGGAGGAAAAGUAUACAGCUACAUUAGAAGACACUCGACAAAGAAUCAUGGAAGACGGUCAACAUUUCACUCAUGGGAGCUCUUCAAAGAAGGAACAGCAACAACAUAAAUAUAUGAAAAUAAGCAAAGAAAUGAAAGGAUUCCUCACGAGAUAUAUUCUAUACACCUGGCCUCUACUUGAUAGUAAAAGACUGAAGAGAAAGGCAUUCGGAGAAAAAGAUGAGUGCAAACCUCAUAAAACCAUGAUAAUGGUUGGAGAAAUAGGAGUGGGGAAGUCGACUCUCAUCAACUCCAUGGUCAACUACAUGCUUGGUGUUGAGAGUAAAGACAGAAUUUGGUUUGAGGUCAUAGAGACAAAAGAAAACCAAUAUGAAUCUCAAACCUCUACAGUAACGGUGUAUGAUUUAUUUACUGAACACUGCCCAUUCUCUCUGACCGUCAUUGACACACCUGGAUUUGGAAAAACAGAAGGUACAGAUGAGGAUUUAAAAGUUGCUGAAAGUUUGCUUGAGUUACUGAGAUCCGGUGAAAGGGUUGAUAAAGUUGAUGCCGUGUGUCUGGUGAUGUCAUCCAGCACGGUUCGACUCAAUACAAGACAGAACUAUGUUUUCAAUGUUGUUCUGUCCUUAUUCAGCAAUGAUGUGAAGAAAAACUUUGUUGUGUUCGUCACACAUGCAUCAACAAAGCCUACAAAUUCUAUCAAAGCCAUCAAAGAAGCCAAAAUCCCAUGCGCUCAGACUGAUGAUGAGGAGCCUGUGUAUUUCAGGUUCGACAACAGUCACUGUGAAAACAUUUCUGUGAAUUCCAAUUGUGAAGAGGAAACUGAUCAACUGAUUCAAGGUUUUCAUGCAGCAUGGGAUCUGUUCAACACAAGCAUGGAUGACUUUUUGACUUUUCUAAAGGGGAACAAACCUGUAAGUUUGAAGAAUACUAAAAGUGUGCUGAUACACCGCAAGCAGCUAGUCAAACACAUCACCAGUUUAAGGAAACAAAUCAAUGCAAUGCCGCUUGAACAUGAAUUUGAAGAGUCCUACAGAGAAAAGGUACCAAUUGACCCGUCAACAGGUUUGAACAAAGAGGCUACUUGCUGCAGUGUGUGUGAGGUGAACUGUCAUUAUCCAGGAUGCUGGUGGGUCAGAGAUCUUUCAUGGUGUACUGUCAUGACUAAGAAUUAUUGCACAGUGUGUCCAGGAAAGUGCCACUACACUGACCAUGUUAAAGAGGAAAAAAUCUAUGAGACGAAGACCAGGAAGGUCAAGAAGACUUUGAAAGAUCUGAAAAAGAACUAUAAGAAAGAGUCUGAUGAGAAUAAGAGCUGGAUACGCCAAUUAGAGGAAGCAAUCUCCAAACAAGAAAAAGAAAUAACCAGACUGGUGGAAGAAUGUGAUAAGUGUAUUCAUGUCCUCCAGGAGAUCGCCUUAAAGACUGAUGCUCUGUCUGAACUUCAGGAUCUGGACCUCCUGUGUAAGGAAGCAAAGGAAACUCAAUGUAAAGAAGAAAUAGUACAGAAACUUGAAGAAUUGAAGAAAAAGGCAGAGGGGAAGUCCGACAUGACUAGACUGUAGAUGUAUGCAGGAAAUGGCUAGAUCAUUACUUUACAUAAUAACAGUCCACUGAUCAUUUCAUCAGUACUGUGUAGUGUGCUCUACAAAUCACUCUAUGAUGAGGUGUUUAUUUUCUUAUUAGUUAUUUAGUCAUAUGAUGAAAGAGGAAGCCUCUUCCAGAUUAAUGUAUCUAUGAAUCCUCUGAUUUUCUUUGUCUUCAUAUCAUUAAUUGUGCUUCUUUGGCCUCUGCAUCCCUGUAUGUGGCUUGAUACUAGCAUUAAAUGAUAAAAAUAUCCUUAAAAUGAUUUUCUCAGUGUUUUCUUUAUUAAUACUAUUGAAAUAAAAUCUAAUUACAAAAGGCAAUGGGGGCUGAUAUAUACAAAAAAAUAUCUGUGCUAUAAUGUUGAUCUGACAAAGAAAAUGUUUCUGUUCUUGGAACACUGGGAUUAAUCGCCAAACCCCAGCAUCUACACAGUGAUGGAGCCCAAAGUAGAAACAUAGCUGUUUUUUUAGUUCAAAGUAUGUAGACAAACGUAAACUGGCCAAUUAGCUUUGUAAGCUACCUGACUGAUGUUAGUGACCUCUCAUCAUUUUGCCUGUUUUCAUUCAGCCAGAACUUAUUGCAAAUAUUUUACAGAAAGAAUCAGAGACAAUCUUAGAUAUCUUAGAUAUUUACUCUGUAUGAAAGUAUGAAAGAUGUUCUGCAGAUUCUUAUUAUUACUGUACAAGUACAAGUCUUUAACUCUUCUGCAGGGAUUUACACUCUUUAUAUUGUAUGUGUGUUGAUCUUAUUUCUUUACUUGAAGGAGUAAAGGCUUUAAAAUAUCAGUGUAUUUUGAAGGUUCAGAAAGAGAAAGUAUCACAUGUAAAUAUUUCUUCAUUUAACAUUACAGGUUACAAAAUGCUCCUGUUUUUUUCUCUUUAUUUUCAGUAAACAGUGAACCAAAGUAACUAACACUUUUGGUUUUGAUUAAAACAUGGACAGGCGGAUCGCUACGUGGACUAACAGAUAAUCGCUACGUGGAUUCUGAAAACUGAACAUUAUUUCCAACCAAAUGUAAUU